UCUAUUUUUUGCUAUAAAAAUCUCUCAAAUUGAAGACUAACCUCAACUUCAAGUCUUUCUUCUUUUCUCAAAAUAUUAUGAGACUUUCAAUAGGUCAUUCUUGCGGUUCAACAUCAACAGCUUGUGGUAACUUUGACGGUACUCUUUUUUGCUUGCUUUGUCAUUGUGUUUUAGAUUUACUAUCCCCAUUAUAUUUCAGGUGCAGCACUCAUCCUGCUCCUAAGGUAAUGAAAAGGAGUCUUUCUUGUGUGUUAUUUUAUAGUAUUUAAGGAAAUGAAUUGCAUAUGUUGUUGAUUGAGUUGCUCGAAAUUUCGUUGAUGAUGACUUUUUUAGGUUCUAGGUAAUGAUAAGGAGUCUUUCUUGUGUGUUAUAUAGUAUAGUAUUUGAGGGAAUGAAUUACAUAUGUUCUUGGUUGAGUAUUGCUCGGAAUUAGCGAUACUAUCAUUCUGGCCAAAUAAGUCGGGUUCACUAAGUUUGCUUGAUUCUGGCCCCUAUGCAACGUUUGUUGGGGUAUAUGAUGGACAUGGUGGGCCGGAAACAUCGCGGUAUAUCAAUGAUCACCUCUUUCAGCAUCUCAAGAGGUUUGCAGCUGAACAAAAUUCCAUGUCUGUUGAUGGUAUACGAAAAGCAUUUCAAGCAACAGAGGAGGGAUUCCUUUCUCUAAUUGCUAGCCAGUGGCUAACAAAACCGCAGAUGUCUUCUGUUGGAUCUUGCUGUCUGGUUGGGGUGAUCUGUGAUGGGACUCUUUAUGUUGCCAACCUCGGUGAUUCUUGGACUAUUUUGGGGAGACUUGUUAAGGCUACAGGAGAGGUUCUAGCCCUUCAACUUUCAGCUGAGCAUAAUGCAAUUAUUGAAUCUGUCAGGCAAGAAUUGCAUUCUAUGCAUCCGGAUGACCCACAGAUAGUGGUUGUGAAGCAUAAUGUAUGGUGUGUAAAGGGUCUGAUACACAUUUCGAGAUCUAUUGUCGAUUUAUAUCUCAAAAAUGUUGAGUUCAAUAAAGAGCCAUUGUAUGCUAAAUUUCGUUUGCGAGAACCUUUUAAAAGGCCUAUAUUAAGCGCGGAUCCAUCAAUUUCAGUGCAUGAACUCGAGCCACAUGAUCAGUUUCUCAUUCUUUCUUCUGAUGGUCUUUGGGAACAUCUUAGCAAUCAAGAGGCAGUUGAUAUCGUCCAAAAUAGCUCUCACAAAGAACAAGGAAUGGACAUGCUUAGUGGCAAGAGUAUAUGUAUAGUGGCAAGACUAUCUCAACACUUUGUUCAGCAUAAUGAAGAACUGCUAUGGUGCUACACACUUUUCAGCAAUGGGACAAAUUAGCUUGCUUCAUGACAUUUUUGACAAUCAUUUUUACAUUUGUUCUAGAGUGCUAUUUUCUUCGUUAAUGCAAACUUGGUUCGAGAAAUGGAAGUGUCUCUAUAUAUA